AUGUCGUCCCCCGUGGAGGAGCGAAGGACCCAAGAGAAGGACAAGGGCAAGGAUUCAGAUAUCUCACCCACGUCCGAUGAUGGCACCUGCGUGACUGAGCCUGAGCGGACCGACCGCGUAACCGAUCACCUAAGGGUCGAUACAAACCAUCCGGUCGAUGAUACUCCAUUCAUGCGCACACCAUCGGCCCGGCGAGAAGAGGCUACUCGUUUGGAAGAUGAUUUGAUGCUGUUACAGGCCGAGCGGAUGACGUCGCGUUCAACACACCAGCCAGAUGAUGAACACGACCAGAAUUCCAUCAGUCGCGCCCGCUCGCGUCGCUCGGAGCCCGUCGAUGAGUUCGAUGAGGCUACAAACCCGCUGCACGAGAAGGCUGCUAUUUACAAACCUCCCGAAAAGCCCAACACUCAAAUCGCGGUUUUUGUCAAGAAGCUGCACCAAUCGAGCUUCCUCGUGCGCUACUUGACUUAUAUCCUCCCCGUUGUCCUCAUCCUCCUGAUCCCGUUGCUGGUCGGCGCUCUCAGGUUUCCUAAUGCCAGUGUGGGAGGUGUGGAACUGAUGUGGUUUGCAAUUUGGUUGGAAAUUGUCUGGUUGACUCUCUGGGCUGGACGAGUUGUUGGAAAGUGUUUGCCUCCAACCGUUGGUCUUCUAGCUAGUAUUUUCACCAAUAACGCGAAGAAAUGGCGCGACAUGGCCAAGCAGCUCGAGUUCCAUGCAGCCAUGUUUUUCUGGUGGCUCGGCGUCGAGAUUUCCUUCUUGCCGACGAUGAAGAACCACCAUGUCAAUGGCAAUAGGGGGACCAGAGGAUGGGAAAACACUCUCAACAAAAUCAUCAUAUCCAUCUUCGUCUGGACGAUCCUGAAUUUCAUCGAGAAGAUUCUCAUUCAGCUGAUUGCCAUUAGCUUCCACAUGCGGACUUACGCGGACCGCAUUGAGAUCAACAAGUUCCAGAUUGGUAGCCUGACCAAGUUGUACGACUUUUCUCGGUCUACGCUGAGUGAGAAAGACGAUGUUUUCAAGGAGCAGACCGAGGAACCGACUCCCUCGGGAAUCAAGACCCCGUUGCACUAUGCUGGUUUGGCCCAGCGGAAGGCGAAGGGCGCCUUGAACAAAGUUGGAAAUCGGGUGGGAGAUGUGGCUGGCGCAGUAGUUGCUGAUGUUACUGGCCGUACGGCUACUCGCAGCACUGAUGCCUACCAGGUCGUUUUGGCCCUCCUAAGGACCACCGGGGGCUGCCAGGUUCUGGCACGCCGUCUGUAUCGCACGUUCGUAAGGGACGGCUUCGAGACGGUCUUCGGUGGUGAUUUGAAGGCAGCAUUCGAUGACGGCGAGGAAGCCGAAGCUGCCUUUACCAUGUUUGAUCGUGAUAUGAAUGGUGACAUCUCCAUGGAGGAACUGGAAGCCGUCUGCGUUGAUAUUGGCCGCGAGCGCAAAUCCAUCACCGCAUCCCUGAAGGACUUGGAUUCUGUCGUAUCCAAGUUGGAUGACGUGUUUAUGUUCUUUGUGUUUCUCAUUGUGCUCAUCGUGUUUUUGUCGCUCAUCUCGACCUCGGCUGCAGGUGUCCUCACCUCCGCGGGUUCCGCUAUUCUUGCACUCUCUUGGUUGUUCUCUGCUACGGCCCAGGAGUUCCUCCAGUCGGUUGUAUUCGUGUUCGUCAAGCAUCCCUUCGAUGUUGGUGACCGUGUCACGGUCUACGGCAAUUCGGGUGAUAGUGGUCUUGGCGAUGAUUACUUUGUGAAGGAGAUCACUCUACUUUACACCGAGUUCAAGAAAAUGCAAGGCCAUGUGGUACAGGCGCCUAACAGCUACCUCAAUGGGCUUUUCAUUCUGAACCAGCGUCGAUCCGGUGCCCUCGCUGAGGCAGUUCCAAUCAUCAUCAAAUACGGCACCACCAUUGAACAGCUCGACGCCCUGCGGCAGCGACUUUUGGAGUUCGUUCGCAGCGAGAAACGCGAUUUCCAAGGCAACAUUCUCACUGAAAUGCGCGCCGUCACGGAGAACUUCUCGCUCACGCUGAACGUGGUCUUUUUCUACAAGUCCAAUUGGCAAAAUGAGGGUCUACGUUUGCAGCGCCGCAACAAGUUCAUCUGUAUGCUCAUGGUCGCUCUUCAGGAGAUCGGCAUCGAGGGCCCACGCAUGAACCUCCAGGGUGCCAAGUUCGACAUUCCCUUCCACGUCAACUAUGGCAAGCAGCGCUCUGCAGACCGACACGAUCCCGUCGAUGCCGAGGAGGUCCCGAUCUCCGAAGAGCCCCACCACCACCUGCCCGAGAACACUGGAGCCAGCAGUGGCAGCGCUGUCCGUCAUCCAUCGAUUCUUCGCAAGGGUAUCAACACAGCCAGUGCCCGUGCACGCGGCCCGUCCGUCUCGCAGCGGAAACACGUGGAUUUCUCCUUGGGUAUGUCUAACAUGGCAUCCAACGACGUUAUGGGAGAUGUGUUCGAGGACCGUGGUCUGCGCAUCGAUGAUGUCGUCCGUACUGCCAACCGCGACGCUGCCGAGCGCCGCAUCCAGGAAGAAGCUGAGGAGGAGGAGGAGCGUCGGAGUCGCACUUCCUCUUCCCGGCAUCGUCGCCCCUCUAACUUGAGCGCCCCCUCCAACAAAGACGACGGUCACCCAUCGGCCGACGCUAACAGCUUCCGCAGCGGUCAGUCAUCCCUUAGCCGCAACCGGUUCUUCCACCACCGCAGCAGCGUGGGUCAAGAUAGGGACGAUUUGAUGGAGCAGGGCCGCUCUGCAGAGCCCACUCCUCCCCCUCCGGCUGCGGCGCCCAGUUUCAAGGAGCACCCAAAUUGA